UACUUUUAUAUGAAAAUAAAAUAGAUCAUCAAACAAAAUUUCUACCUGAAAGAGAAUGCAGGUAAGAAAUAACUUGUGUUAUGGUCUAAAUGAUGAUGCAGCUUUAUAUAAUAUUUACAAUUAGAGGUGAACGUUGGGAGUGUUCUUGCAGCUCACUGAGCCAACCAACAGACACGACUAGCAAUGCUGCUGCUAACGGUUGUGGAUAUAUACAAAUAUACUUUACAGGACAUAGCGAAUCCUCAACUUUAGUCGUGCACCAACCAUUCACCGUGAUAUACACACAUUUUUACUGUUCGUGUUUGUGAUCAACUAGUAAAUUCCACAAUCAUAAACGUGAUAUUUUAAAUGUGAAAUUUAUUUAAUAUUUUUCAUUUGUUUUUUAAUCUAUGCUGUGUUUAUCUAAUUAAUGACUUAAUUAAAUUUUUCAUUUGUUUUUAUACAACUAAGAGUGUAUGUCAUGAAUCGAUAAACCGGCUGUGACAUGAGAAUUCAUGAAAAUGAUGAGACGGAUAGGUAAACGACAAGAAGAUACGAAGAUUAAGGCAUUGUUGAUCCUUAUUGUUGUUGCAGUGGCACCCGUUUUGUGCUCCGCUGGAAUAUUGGAUCCUUGGCAAUGGGCAAGAAGUGACAAGCUUGAAGUCAACAUUCCUUGGUUACCAUUUGAAAAUGAAACUCGUUGUUAUGAUGAACUGGGUUGUUUAAAUAUCACAAGAAGCUGGUAUCAUUUAAUUCACAGACCUUUGAAUGUAUUUCCUUUACCACGAGAAGUUAUCAAUACCCGAUUUAUUCUUUACACAAAUGACAAUCCAACCGAGGGCCAGGUACUCAUUGCAGCUAAGGACAAGUCAAUAAAACGCUCUAACUUUGAUAAAAAAAGAAAAACAAAAUUUAUCAUUCAUGGAUUUAUUGACACACCUCUUAGUAAUUGGGUCAAGGAAAUGCGAAAUGAGUUGCUGGAGCAUGGUGAUUACAAUGUUAUUAUUGUCGAUUGGGCUGGUGGGAGUCUUCCUUUGUACACCCAAGCAACUGCAAAUACACGGCUGGUAGGAUUAGAAAUCGCUCAUCUCAUUCAACAUCUUCAUAUAAAUUAUGGACUUGAAAUGAGUAAUGUUCAUCUCAUUGGUCAUAGUCUUGGUGCCCACACAGCUGGAUAUGCUGGUGAAAAAUUAGAGGGUGAAAUUGGUCGAAUAACAGGUUUAGAUCCAGCAGAACCAUACUUUCAAGGAAUGCCAAGUCAUUUACGACUUGAUUGGACGGAUGCACAACUUGUCGAUGUCAUUCAUACUGAUGGAAAAAGCAUAUUUUUUCUAGGACUUCCAGGUUACGGUAUGAGUCAACCAUGUGGUCAUUUGGAUUUUUAUCCAAAUAAUGGUAAAGAGCAGCCAGGAUGUACAGAUCUUAGUGAGACAACACCCUCAUUACCAUUGACUUUGAUACGUGAGGGUCUUGAGGAGGCUUCUAGAGUACUUGUUGCCUGCAAUCAUGUCAGGGCCAUCAAGCUUUUUAUUGAAAGCAUCAAUUCAAAGUGUCAGUAUGUUGCACAUGAGUGUAGUAAUUAUCCAAGUUUUUUACGAGGUGAGUGUUUUUCUUGUAAAAGCAACAGUAGUCUGAGUUGUGGUAUUAUGGGUUAUCAUGCUGAUAGUAGUCCAGCUUUGGUGAAAAGAAUUGCUAUGGGACAAGAUGCAUCUGCAUUGUUGGGAAGUAAAUUUUUUUUUUCAACUGGAAAAGAAGAUCCAUAUUGUAGAAGACACUAUCGAUUAACACUUAAUCUUGCAAGACCAUCAACUGCUGAAAGUUGGGUCCAAGGUUUUAUGAAAGUUACGCUUCAUGCUGAUAAUGGAGUCAUACGAAAUAUGGACUUAACACCAAGUGGGUAUAUGAAGUUGGAACAUGGCACGACAAUGAGAAUGGUUGUGGCUCAUCCAGGUGGCGCCGCUAAUGACAUUGGUAAAAUAAGAAGAGUAGAGUUACACUGGGCAUAUGAUAUGGAUGUACUUCAACCAAGAUCACUGUGCUUUUUUUGGUGUAAUGAUAGACUUUAUGUUGACAGCAUACUUGUUGAUAUUAUGGAGCUACCAGGAAGAGGAAAACGUGAGACAGACUUUUCAAGCAAGCUUUGCUCAGCAGGUAGACAAGAAUUUGCUGAGAUAAAUAGUGGCUCAAGUGCAUCUUUUGUCGAUAACUGUUGAAUCAAAAUUAAAAUCCUGUUGAUAGUUCAACAAUUUUAUAAAUAAAUGAAAGACUCGAUUUUUAGAAUAGAAUUAAUGUAUAUCUAACUUUUUAUACUUUCGUAUAAAAUAUCUAUGUGAGUAUUAUGAUCGCGAAUGUAAAUCAUUCAUUCGGCUCUUCAUGUUGAUAGUCAUGCAUGCUGAGCUGCGUUGUAAAUCAUGUAAAUAUUAAAAAAAAAAAAAAAAACAAUUUACC